AUGAAUUCCCGGGCGUCUGGGCAACAGCAGACAUUUUCAUGCUCCAUCUGCACAAAAAACUUCACAAACACUCAACGCGCUGAUGCGGCGCGCAUUGUUACAGAGAAAUCGCAAUCCCGGCACAUCUCAUACUGUCGCAAGUCCAUCGGCCGAGUGCGCUCGAGGAAGCGAGCCUGUCAGGCUUGCACUAAAGCCAAAGCACGUUGCGAUGAAGCUCAGCCAUGCUGUUCGCGAUGUUCGGCGCGGGGGGUUGCUUGCGAUUAUUAUGUCCACGACUCCCGACCUCGGCCGUCAACAAUUUCGCGAGCCCGUCAUGAAGUCGGCGCAAAUUCUGUGGCCGGGUAUGGAUAUGGAGGAGCUGAUCUAGUCUGUUCAAACUCUGGAGGGGUUCAUGUGUUGGAUUACCCCGAAGCUAUUGACACUGGCUCUCGGGAUCGCUUGCUUCAGUCUAUUAGAUCAAGUAUAGUCGAGACAUCAGGGUCGGCUGUCGAUAUCUCACAGUAUCAACUCGAAACAGACGUCUAUUCAUAUCAGAUCUUAUCAAGUGUUCCCAGGGUCUUUGCCCCGAGGUCCAUCGGUGGCCACAAGUCAUCCCUUCAUCGGAGUUAUCUUCUGUGCGCCCUCCGCUCGUACCCGCAAAUGAUGCUUCGUGGCCAGAGUCCUCCGUUCAUCCACGCGCAAUCCAUAUCUGAUGACUCUGAUGAUCUCCAGUUAAGAAACAACAGUACCACCCCAGGGCCAUUGGCUGUCUGUGGUGAACUCUUGCGCAUGCAUACUAUGAAGAAUGAGGAUAAUGUUGUCCAGAUAUGGGGUGCUAUCAGGAGGGAGCAGGAAAGGUUGUUGAUGGAGGGUUCGGGUUAUGACUACCGAGAUACUCUUGCUGCUCUCCAAGCCGUAUCUAUAUACUUUGUCCUUCGCAUCUUUGAACAAAACGAGGAGGCAACUAAUUUUGAUAUUCCACUCGUUCAGACGAUGCUUGAACUCUCGAUUCAUCUGGUGCAGCUUAGGAAAUCGCAGUCCAAAAUUCACACCUCGCAGUGGGAGGAUUGGGUAUUUAUGGAGUCUUCAAGUCGCACGGUUCUCUUAUUCUUCCUUAUAGACUUACUUUUCGAAUAUUCUUCCGCUGUCACACUUUUCCAUCAUUGUACUGGACGGGAGAUGUUAUCCAGGCAACUCCCCAGCACACGGAAUCUGUGGCAAGCAAGCUCUAGGACUGAGUGGGAAAGAGAGUAUGAGAUGCAGUGCUGCGAGGCCCUGCCUUUCACAUAUUCGGAUCUGAUAGAGUAUGGCCCACGCAACGACGGAAGUCUGGAUUUUUGGCUAACCGAGAUUGAUGAGUUUGGGAAUCUGGUCAUUGCUGCUGCGAGCUUAGACGGCUGA